ACUAGAAGCACUAGCUCCUGCUGGUUUUGACUUUGAUGCGUUCACCACUGUGAUAGGGUGCUGAAAAGUAAAGUAAAAUGGAGACUUCAACAGACUUAGAUCCCCAUCGAAGCCGCGUCCCUGAGAUUGAAGUGACACAACGCAUUAGGGAAACUUUGGAAAAGGCUGUAGCUUGCCAGUGUAUACGCCAAGAUGUAAAAACCACUUGCGAUGACAUAUUAGAGAAACUCGAUCAGUCGUCAAUGACGAAAGUGCCUGUGGUUAUCUCUGUGAAGACAGUGCGAGAAGUGUACAACACUUUGAGAUCCGAAGGUCACAAAACCUUUCUGCAUGAAAUUGUUGAAGAUGCAAGCAUCAUACCCCAGUCAGUACAGCUGCCUCCUCGGAACCCUGAACUAGAAGAGAGAAUACAAAAGCUGAAACGUGAAGCAGAGAACAGGGAGUACAUCCGGAUGACGCGGAAUGUGGACCCUAGGAACAAGAAAACAUUCACAUUCAAUGAAGAAGUGAAGAGCAUGAAUCGUCAUACAAUCAACAUCUUGAACUUUCUCAUCACUGUCGCUGCUGGGUUUGCUUUUGGUUACAAAGGUGUGGAGCUUGUGGUGGGGAAAGUAUUCCCAAUGCAAAUGCUGUCUGGCCUGAUCCUAGGCACUGUCGUCUUCUUUGUGGACCUCUACUUCAUGCUCAAGUACGGACCUAUUUGAUCCUGCUGCUGUUUCUUGAUCAACAAAAUGAGACGAGAAGUUUGUGGCAGGCCCAUGACAGGAGCUGAUCUGGUGAUAAUCUCUAAUAGAUGGGUCAUACAUUAUUUCUUUGAGUGGAAUCAAUAUACGUAUUUGCAGUUUGAUUGUUUUAGAAACGGGUCAAGAUGUCUACUCACUGAAUAUGGGAAAACUUUAUUAUGGGUCUGCUGAGGACAAAAAAUUUUCACACUUUGAUUAAUUAUGUCACUUUAAAUUUGCCUUUUUGAAAUAUGUGUGGCUGCUAGGGAAAACCCUUCACAUUGACCAAAAUAUGGAAAUUUAGUUGAUUGUAUUGUCUUCAUUCAUUUUGGAACAAUUUACUUUUAAUUUCAUGCAGUUAUCUUCUCUAGAACCUGAGAUAUUGCCAUUUAAAGUUCGAAAAGAGGAGAAAAGUACAACUAAGAAAAUCACGAUCAAAGUUUUUGUUGAAGAUUUUUAGUUCAUUUUUAUACAUGGGACUGAUCACAGCACUCUCAGCAUACUCAUACAACUCCAUACUUAUCUUUUCUUGAUCUUCUAUGAAUUAAGGCUAACAGAAACACUUAUUUCGAAGAAAAAUCACUUACUAGUCAUUCUGUUCUGGUCUUUCCACCUCGCCCGGAACUGCGUUGCAUUGCCCUUUUUACUGUGAUUGUACGUGAAGGUCCAGGAACUACUAGGGUAUCAUUCGGCUCACUGACACUGUCCUCUGUCUCUGAAUUUGCAUCCGCAGAAGGCUGAGCAACACUGGGCUUUGGUGUCACAGUGUCCUGGAACUUCUCUGCGACAAACUCCCUGAUUUCUUUAUACAGGUACCACUGUCCCUUUGAGCUCAGUCCAGGUGAUGGGACCUUAGGUGGCAAGUCUUGUUGUAUAGAGGCAUUCUUUUUCAAGAGAGGAUGUCGCUCUUCAUCUGCAUCUACAUUUCUCUUGCAGAUGACAGUGCCUGUGUUGUGGACAAUAAAGUGGUGAUAUGUCUUGAGGCCUUUUAUCUUGUUUAAGCAGGCGCUCAAUGUGGAUGACCUGUCGUACGUGGGAAUGUAAGAGAUUCUAUUCUCCGUGCUGACAAGGACAGCAGAAUUCAUCCGUGAUGAGGUUUCAACAGCAUCAACAUUGUCUGCCAAACUGUUGACUUCUGUUCUGUUGUACCUCCUCUUGAUCAAGCCGAAUCCGCCGUCAGUACCAAACUUGGUGUACCCAGAGAUGAGGAAACUCAGCUUGAUGCGUUCGUGUCGUUUGUUCAUGCAGCGCCACAAUAGAUACCACAUCAUUGUAUUAUUCUUUUUUUGACCUGUGCCGUUGUCUGGGUGCAGGCACAGCACCGUCUUUCCAUUUCCUCAAUUUUCCAGUUCAUAAUGUAGGAAGGAAAUCGCAGUGUUUGCACCUUUCCCUGUGCAAUGGCUUUCAUCUGUCAGAAUGUUCAUCUGUUUCCCCAAAGGCUGGCAGUUGAGACCGAAGAGGUCUCUUUUCCCCGGCGUUUUAAAGUAGACUGGGCCUGAUUGGUGGGGAUUGUACGGAUAAUGCACUUGUUGUUCGAAGUCUAAGCUGACAUGAUUUUCAUUGCUGUCACCCUCCUGUACUUGCCUCUUCACUCUUGCACAAAAGUCCUUGUAAUAAUUCCUUUCCUUCUGAAAAAUUUAUUGAUGCUGCGCAUCUCUUGCAGAGUCACCUCCUUUUCUCUAUCAGGCUUGUUCGCAGAAUGCCUGAGCUUCACUGUGCCCUGCUCACAAACAUUGCACAAGUCACUAGCUGGAGGCAUUGUCCUCACAAAGGGAAGGAGUCUUUGCCAUAAAUUAAAAAAAACAUACAGUCGGACACGUUAGUCACAUUUGCUGCCUCUCCUGAUUUCCUAUACAUAUACUCCUCAAAGCGUUGAUAUUGUGAUUUAAAAAAAUAAAUAAAAUGACUUACCCUGCUCUACAGUCUGUGUUUGUUGAUAGUUAUCAAUGAAUUUUUCCAGCAACUCAGAUAAUCCAAUUAUAUAAAGCCAUGCAAAAUUUGAAGAGUAUAGGUUCCCAAGUAUUUGAGUUGUAGCAUUUCCUCUGGAUGUUCAGAGUUCCGGUGAAGUAAAUUCUCCUUGCUGAUAAGUACUGUAUCAGCUUUUGCGAUGUGUAGUACCUAUCUACAAAAACAUGAUGACCACGGGUAGUUAGAGGGUGGAGUAGGUACUCAAAUUCCUUGACAACUUGAGGAUUGCUGUUGUCCAGGUCAACGAUGAAACUAGUUCUGCUCCAAAGUAAACAUGCAGAUUCACCUCGUGUCCUGUCCUGCUGUCCACCUACCCAAAAACUUUGGUGUGGGUUUUCUUGGGUUUUGACGGAUUGUGCAUUUUGUACCUCCAACGGCCUGUCCAUCCCACAACCAUUUCAUCCAGUGCAAGAUUUUGGCUUGGAUAGAACGUGCUGCUAAAGUUAUCUAGGAUCUUCUUGAGAAAAGGCUCGAUCUUCUCUUUGCCUUCUGCGUGCGGGUCAUCUGAGCAGUGGAGCAUUGUUUACCAAAUUGCUUCAAAGUGAUCCCUGGAAAAGAGCUGAUGAUACCAAGUGCAAUAAUCUGGGGCAUUGGUAGACCAGUUAUCACGAAUGGCUGGCCUUUUGUUCUUUCCCAUCUGAAUAGUCAGAGCGAGAAAUUUCAACAACACAUGAUCAGUGAUCGGUGUUCAGUUCGCAAAGACAGAUCUUCUCUUGGGUGGAUUGUUGAUAACAACUCUUGUGGCUGCAGACUCUUUGACAGAUGUAAUAUUUUCCAUGACUUCCUCCGUAAACAGAGUGUUGAAGCAGUCAAGAGGUGUAGACUCCUCGGUGAGCGGAGCAAGAGCACGUGGUCCCUGAUGUGGUGUGAACCUGAAAGCUUCCACAGGGACAUCCGAGCCUUCAUUGAUAUCAACCCAGGUUGUAAAUCCUGCUUCUUCUUAUACAAGUAACAACUACGGUAUAUUUUCCAGUUUUAAAUGCAAGUUUCGGUCUCUAGGACUUUUAUUUUACAGUCAACUCCUUAAAUCUAGCAAAAAUUGACUAGAAACGGGGAUCUAUUUUUUUUAGAGCCCGCUAGAGACACUGCACAUUCUUUCGAUGCGCACUACAUGUGGACGCUAUUAAUGCGUGUGCACUAGUUUCUGGAGAAUUUCUGAGGUUCUGUCAAGGAUGUUGAUAUAUAAUAAGGCAAGUUAAAAAAUAAAUAAAACGAAUCCAGAGUCAGCAGAAAUGUGAAAAUGUUUUCGCCUUCACUGCUCGCAAGUCUCUCGAACUCGAUGGUUGUCGCACGGAUGGGGGUGCCACGAAAAACAUCUCAAAAUGCAUUUUCAACAUCAAAUUUGACGUCAAGAUAAUUUCAAUAUGAAAAUUAACAUAUUUUUAAACUAAAAAAUGACCUCAUCUAAAUUUUAAAUAGAUAACAGCUCACUUUUAACUCUAAAAUGACUCAUAGCUAAAAAAAAAUGGAACUGGCGACAUCUGAAGGGUUUUCUUUCGCAGCCACACAUAUGUUGAAUACUGCACUGCCUGUCAUCCUAUUCAUUGUGUUCUGCUUACAUGACCCUCACUUGAGCUCGAUUUUGAAAAAGUAGAAAGUAUUCAGUGUUGAGUUAUUGAGAUUUGAUUCGCUGCUUCCUAGCCCCAUCACUUGUACUUCAAAUAUCUUUUUGACAAAUUAUUUUGGAACUGAGACUCGACUUGAAUCACCCCCGAAACUUACAGCCAGUGGGGAUUCUGAAACUGAACAUACAUGUAAAUUUUGUUAGCUUAAUACAAUGAAACUAGGAUGUAAAUUGUGUUAGCUUCUACUUCUAGUCAUGCAGUAAAACAAAUAUCCAAUGAAGUCAUCAGGUCUCACCCUAAAUUUUGUUGAUUCCGAGGUUUCUACUACAGAAAAAUGCUAUUAACAGGAGCAUUUUAAAAAUCAAUAACAACAAAGACAUCUUGACCGCUCAUCAUAAGACUCUGUCAUACGUCACUUGUCAAGAUGGCAUAUGGCAGAGUCUUACACUAAGCUGUCGUCUGUUCUUAAGGUUGACUGUCGAAGAGUGUGGUUUGUGACAAAGCGCUUCGCUCAAAUGCAUUUCUACGUAAUAUUAUCAAUUGUUUGUGGAACAUUCUGUGUAAUACAGUGUAAGUCUUUUCGCUAAGGUCAAUUUUAACUAGGUUGAAUGAUGUUGGCUUCACAAACUUGCGUGCCUCUCUAUCUCUAUUCACUAUUCAGUAGCUGUGAAAAAAAAAUUAUGACAUUUGUUUGGAACUGCUGAUGAUUCCUUCCAGGCACGCUUAACACUUUGCCCCCACGUAAAGCCGAUCGGUGACAGUGUAAUUUAGCAACAAAAAUGUAGCAAUGAUCUCCUUUUUGACAUGUGCACUUGUUAAAGUUAUAAUUUCCUUUCUGAAUGUUUUGUGUGGCCUGUGAGGUCAAAAAUCGGUUUGUUUACAACAAUUGGAGUAAUUUUAAAAAAAUGUCAAGUAGGUCUGGCAUGAAUGCUGCUUUAUACUUACACUAUGAUGAGAAUUUGAGUGAUGAAUGUGUUUGAUCUAAUGGUUUCAGUUCAGAUUCUAAUUCCUUUUUUGGUGAAUAUGUGAUCAUCACAUUCAAUUUUCUCAAUAUGAUGAAAAUUUCAUAUUGGUUGGUUUAUUUUUGCCGAGAUACAGGUAUCGUACUUGAUGUACCGCAUCUGCAUCCUGGUACGUAAGGACAAGUGUUGUGUGCUCUGUGCACAGCGUGGGUACAAAGUGUUAAGACACACCUCCCUUAUACGCACAAACACACACCCUUACCACACAGACACAGUGCAUCUGUUGGCUACCCACACAACCUCUCACAAUCCCAUGCAUUUCGACAACUCAUGUUUUGAUAUGAAAGAAAGAAGGCUUCUGAUUGGUUGCUUAUAUAACUGUGUCUUUGACUGGUCAACCAUAGUGUACAGUGUAUAUGUAUGACUAUUUUUGAGCAAUGGGGUGAAAAUUGAAAAGGCACUAAAAAGUCGUUCCUAAUCAAAAAGUUAUUUUCGUCGGAGAACACACGUUUAACAAUUUCUUAAUACCAUAUUGAAAGGAUUUUUAUAAUUUAUUUUUGCACCAUGUUGUACUUCACCGAAGAUUAACAUACUAUGAUUAAAGCUGUUUUUCUCCAAUUUUCGUUUUACACCCUGGGUUACAAAAGGUUGCAUAUAUCUUUAAAACUACUCCAGAUAUUUGAACAAAUUUUAAACAGCGUGUUCAGCAUUGAAUCUGCUACAAAAAUCUACCCUCAUUUUAAUAUGCAAAUUUUCCGACAACUGGGACCUUUCUCCAGGCACACACACUCAUAUAAGUGAUAAACAUGUUAUAGUUAUAGUCUAUGGUGCUUGGUGAUUCACUGAUUGACGGUUCCUUGGAGUAAAGUAGAUUAUUUUCCUUGUGGCAGAGAAAUCAUGACGCAAUGUCAGCUAUGGUUGUUCACUUGCCUCUCCAGUGACUCCCAAGUUUUCAAUGAAUAUGAGUUAUUUUGAUGACUUAAAUGAACAAAAAAAAAAAA